GAUAGAUCAAUCUUAAAUUCCUGUGGUUCACCAUCAAGACAACAUGACAGCUCAUAUGGAUUCAAGUCAAGUUUGAGUAGCAAUUCAAUGAAACCACUAGUCUUUCUUGACAUGAAGGACUCUAUCUUGACUUCUGAUUUUCUUGGUGAUGAUUUUGAGGAGUCAAUUUUAGAAGAAAUUGAUGCUCUAUGCGAACAAAAAUCAUCUGGAGACUCUGAAAGCGAUGAUACUACUAUGAGCAGAGCAGAAAAUGAGAUUAUAGUUAAGAGUUGUGAGGAGGAUGUUGUCAUAACAAAUCCUAAAGUUAGCGAUGAGACUUUGAAAUCCAAAGAAAUUCUAAAUUCUAAUGUUGACCAAGCAUGUGGAGUGGAAGGGGUAGGUAUAUCAGAGAAUAAACUAACAAAGAAUAUGCCUGAGGAGUAUGCAAAGUAUAUUCAGUCGCUGAAUGAUAAGCAGCAGGAAGCAGCAUGUAGUGACAUUUCAAUUCCUUUGGUGAUUGUUGCUGGACCAGGAAGUGGGAAGACGUCCACCAUGGUUGGUCGUGUUUUAAUGCUUCUAUAUGAGGGUAUCAGUCCAUCCAAUAUUCUGGCGAUGACAUUUACUACAGCUGCUGCAGCUGAAAUGCGGGAGAGGAUAGGAGCAAUUGCUGGGAAGGCAGCAGCAAAAGAGCUCACUAUCAGCACAUUCCACUCAUUUUCUUUGCAGCUUUGUCGUUCGCAUGCUGAGAAGAUAGGCCGCACCCCUGAUUUUUUGAUAUAUGGGCAUGGACAACAGAGAAAAGCUAUCAUAGAGGCUGUCCGCCUGUUGGAGGAUGGAAAGAGAAGGCCCAGUAAUGAGGUCUGCAAGCUCACUGAGUUGUCUGAUAUUAAUUCUCCUAAACAUUUUAAAGAUAAGUCAAAGAAAUGGCUCAAGUUUGUGACCCAGGCUAAAGCUGCUGGAAGGUUACCUGAAGAUUUUCGUAAAAUGGGUGAUGAGACAGGAGCAAUAAUUCUUCAGAACUACAACGACAUACUAAAAUCUUGUAAUGCUUUGGAUUACCAUGAUUUUAUCAGCUAUUCUGUGAAGCUACUUACCGAUUUUCCAGAAGUGUUCGAAGAGUGUCAAGAAUCAUGGAAAGCAAUUGUGAUUGAUGAGUUUCAGGACACAAGUGCCAUGCAAUAUGGCUUGCUGCGCAUUCUUGCAUUGCACAAACGCAUAACUAUUGUUGGGGAUGAAGAUCAGUCAAUUUUCAGUUUCAAUGGUGCUGAUGUUUGUGGAUUUGAUUCAUUCAGAAAAGAUUUCCCAAUGUACAAAGAGGUCAGACUGAAUAUAAAUUACAGGUCUACUCGCUGUAUUGUUGAAGCUGCAUCAUUUCUUAUACGAAAUAAUUUAAACCGAUGCAAGUCGAAGGAUGUCCUGACUGACAAUUCUUCAGGAUCAAAGAUAACUAUUAAGGAAUGUUGCAACGAAGAGGCACAGUGUGCUUUUGUGGUCGAUAAAAUACUGGAAAUUACAUCAGAUGGUUCAUCUGGGAAGUGCUCCUAUGGCGGUAUUGCUGUUCUCUACCGGAGGCAGGCAACAGGGAAAAUAUUCCAAAGUGCAUUCCGCGAUAGAAAAAUUCCAUUUAACAUUCAUGGGGUGGCUUUCUAUCGCAAAAAGGUGGUCCGAGCCAUUAUAGCUAUGCUGAGUACUACGUUGCCUGGUUGUGAUGAUGGCCCCUUUCGUCGAGUAUUCAAGGCUUUACUUCCAUUUGAUAAAGAGGAAAAGAAGAAGGUAAUUGAACACAUUGACAAGGUUUCAACUGUAAGAAAAUGCAGCUUUAUUUCAGCAGCAUGUGACAUAUUUAGUGCGAAGAUAUCAGGAACCUUUAAGAGGAGUCAACUGACGCAAGGGCGUAAGGUGUUGCUCACUCUAGACAUGAUAUCAAAACUUGUUCAUAGGGAACAGUCAAUUUCAGCUGUUAUCACUUCUGUGGCAAACAUGAUACCUCAGAAAUACCUUCUUGAACAACGAGCAGUUCUUGAUGUUGAUGGAAGCAAGCUGCUGAAUGAAGAUAAUGAUCUUCGAUCUGUGUUGCAGUAUCUGUUGGAUGAUGUGUCCCUGUUUUUGACAACCGUACAUACUGUUGCAGAGCGUUGCAACGAUAAUACAACAGAAGGGAAAGGUUGCAUGACUACAAUUAAAGCUUUUAUUGACUAUAUAUCUGGACGUGAAAGAGAAAAUUUUCGUUCAAGAAGGCAUGAUGAUGAAGACUCUGUUACCAUUACCACAAUCCAUCAGUCAAAAGGCUUAGAGUGGGACACAGUUUUCAUUGUGAAGGCAAAUGAAGCUGAGAUUCCCCUGUUGCACGAAUAUAAUGGCAUUCUGAAUGAGAGUGCUACCUCACUUGAGGAAGAGAGACGCUUGUUAUAUGUGGCGAUGACUCGAGCGCGCAAGAAACUUUUCAUGCUAUACGUGAUUAUGGAUUCUAAUUGGCAGGUUCUUCAACCAUCACGAUUUCUUAGAGAAAUUCCAAAUCACCUAUUGGAGGCUCAGGAAGAGCUGAUCUCAGCUUGUUCAGAAACAACUUACCAGCAAACUGAGCAAGAAACUCCCCGGAUUUCUGUUAGUCUCAGAACAGGAUCUCCUGAAAAGAAUACAAUGCAGCACUUUUCUGUUGAUAAUUUAUUCAAUGAAUCAUCCACAGAGCUUAGUGAACCUGAAUACUGCAACAGCAAUAACUUCUUGAAAAGGUUUAGUGCAGAAGACCGAGCUGUCAUUUCCCUUUUGUUCCAUCAAUGGGCCAAGAAGCCUGCAUUUCAUGACCCCAAGAGAUUACUUAACAAGGUAGCUUUUGUCAUUGAUGAACGUUUGCGGGCCAAGAAAAGCACACACAAGGAUGCUUUGCGUGAGUUGAAGUCUUGUUUGACAUCUGAUGAGGCUUAUCACUUUGCCGUAUCAGUCCUGAAGUGGGAGCAAAUCCCUGCUGAAAAGCGAGCUCAUUUAAUGAGAGAGAAACAGGAACACUUCCAGAAACUAAGAAUAGAGAGCGCCAUGAAUUCAUCCGAACCAACUACGAAACAGAUUGCAUACUUACAGAACCUCGGUUGCACUACAGUACCUACAUCCCGCCUCCAUGCUUCUCGUUUGAUCGAGGAAUAUAAAUCAUUAUAACCACAUUUUGAUCACUGAUAGGUGUCGAUGCAUGUCUUGUAGUCGUGCAAUGAGCAGUUCGUCCUUAUUGUAUUUAUGGAACAUUUUUCUGAGCUUUAAAUAUUUUGAAAAAAUUCAGAUAAUGGUUUAGUUAAGAAAGAUAUGAAGUUAACUAGUUAACACGUGAGACAAGAGUGGGUGAGCCUAGUAUAAAUGGCUCGUGUAUGUUAUGCUUUAUUCCUAGUCUUGGCCUUAAUACAACAGCCAACAUAUUUGAGGUAAGGUAGCAACUGUCUUUAGCCUAUAUGCACAAACAUGUUUGGUAAUAUUUGGGUGAACCAUGCAGGAAGAAAAGAAACUCUAUAUCUUCAAGAUCUCAGUCAAAUGGGUCAAUGCGUGGGUCGU